AAGCCUGCAGUUGAACUGUUGAAGCUCCCAAACCCUCAGCGUCAAUGACGGAAUCCAUUUGCAGAGCACUCCGAGACGGUGCGCUCGAGGGGGAGCACGCACCGGCUCUCACAAUCAAGGACUCCAUAGCCUCUCCUUUCGGGUUCCAUGUCUUCACCCACGUCCUCACCCAGCUCUCUUCCCAAAUUUUGGCGGGAAAAUCCCAGUCACGUGGUCUCGUGCUCGUAGCUCUCUCUCGGAGCCCGUCGUUUUAUGUGGAUUUGCUGAAGAGGAGAGGAUUUGAUGUCGCUUCGUCCAAAAAAUGGAUUCAGAUAUUGGAUUGUUAUACGGAUCCUCUUGGUUGGAAGGAUAGGCUUGUGGAGUCUGGAAACAUUGCGCAUCUUUACAGCGAAGCUUCCUCCCGAGCUAGUUUGUGUAAGAACGUGAAGGAUAUGGACAAGUUGUUCACCUCAAUUAUUGAGCUGGGGAAAGGAUUAGUUGGACAAGGCAAAGUUCGUUUUUGUGUUGCCAUAGAUCUGGUAAGCGAAAUCUUUAGACAUGCAUCUAUAUCAUCAGUUGCAGGCCUUCUAAGCAACCUUCGUAGCAACGAUCAAGUUUCGAGUAUCUUUUGGUCGUCACAUUCAGACCUUCAUGAAGAGAGGGUCACUGCUGUUCUUGGGUAUAUUUCCUCCAUGGUGGCAAGUGUAGAACCAUUAAAUCAAUCUGCAAAUGGACUGAGAUGCAAUUCGGAGAACCUCUCUUUACUUGAACGUAAUUAUUGGAAAGGGAAGUUUCAUGCCCGGUUCAAGCGCAGAAAUGGGCGUGUUCGAGUGAUGUCUGAAGAAUUUCAUGUUGAGCAGUCAAUCAUCAACUUUACACCCCUUUCAUCCGAAGAUGAAAUGAUCAAUAGAAGCCUUUUGCCAAAGGUGCAGUUCAGUCUACAGUUGUCAGAGAAGGAGCAAAUUGAUAGGGCUAAGGUUGUACUUCCUUUUGAACACCAAGGAAACGGUAAACCCAUACAAAUUUAUGAUGGUCGGAGAUCUCUUGCGGAUAGCAAGAAUGAAGCAGCACCUGUUGCAACCGGUGUAUUGCAAACAAAUGAGAACUCUAGCACGGGUGAGAUAAUAUAUUUGCGUGAUUCAGAUGAUGAGAGGCCAGAUUCUGAUGAGGACCCAGAUGAUGAUUUGGAUAUAUAAUUGUGUUUGUCCCAUUCAUGAUUUCGGAGUGCCAUAGAGCCACAUGUUGUUGAUGCAUUUGGCUGCCGGGUUGGUUGGACAAGGCAAAGGCUGGGUGCUAUAUAUGCUCAAUUAAGCCCUGCUGCACAAGGGGUGCGAAUGCCCUAGUUCACCUUGACUGGAGGCUGUGAUAAUGAGCGUGGUCUAAAAUAUGUCUGGAAGAGAAACUCUAAUUUAGUGGAGAUAUGUAAUGAAAGAUAUCCUGAGAGGUUCAAAUGGAAUUCCAUGGCUUGUGCUUUGUUGUACCAUCAUCAUGGAAUGAAAUCACAAUCAGGAGAUUUUUUUAA